CGAACGACUUCAUUGAGAGAAGAUCUGAUAAUUGACUGGACAAUUCACUGCCUUACGAGCAUACCCUCUGAACUACUACAAUAAUUGGUCAGAAGCCAUCUGUCGCGAGGCGCUUUUAUGUUGUUACCGGGUUCCGCUGAGUGACAAUACGUUUUUCUUUUUUUGAAAAUGUUGCGGGGAUUGUUAGUGUUGAUUAUUUUGGUAGGAUGUUCUUGUGAAACUGAAGAAAAAUUAAGCGAGUUUAGCAGUCAUCCAACGACUGUCAAAGCUAGGGAGAAUAAUACAGUGCUGUUACCUUGCUACUUGAAUACCUUGUCAAAUGAUGCCGCAUAUGCCAUAGCAGUCCGAUGGUACAAAGAUAAUGAUCUCAUAGCGGACAGUUCAAACGAAAGCGUAGCUGUACCAGAAAGGCACGUCCUGUGGGAGAACGGAUCCUUGGAGAUAACCGUGGUACAACCUUCAGAUACGGGGGAAUACACAUGCGAAAUAGAAAGACCGGAACCAUGGGGACCCAUCAGGCAGAAGCACGCUAUCGAAGUUUUACAUUCACCAUCCGUAGACCCUUACCCACCAACGGGAUUUUUACAAGUCAGGCUAGGGGAAGAAGUGAGAAUGUCUUGCAAAGGAACUGGAGUACCGUAUCCUAUCAUAACAUGGCACUAUCAGAAAUUGUCAAGCUCCAGGCGCAGUGACGUUAUAGUCAGGCGGAAUCGCACCAGCAAUACUCUGCUCAGUGUACUGCACAGUGAAGGAGAAGAGAUGCAGCUACUGGAUCAUAGAGAAUUACUGAAGUUUACCGCUUCAGAUAGACGAUUGGCCGGUACCUAUGAAUGUGCUGCUGCAAACGGCGUUGGAGAACCUGCAAGAGCUGCCAUCGAACUAAAAAUAACAUAUCCACCUGAGGUGACAACAACUCGUGCCUGGAUGCACACAGCUCCUGGACACAGAGCCCACAUAGAAUGCAAAGUGGCAGCUGAUCCACUUGCUACAGUGACUUGGCUGAAAGGAGAGGUACAGGUACCGAUAGACAGCAGAGUUUUAGCAUUGGUAGAUGGGGAUAAACAUACGUUGCUUAUCAGGAAUGUGCAGAGGAGCGAUUUUGGUAUCUACACGUGUAGAGCCGUCAAUGACUUGGGACAAGGAGAGCAGCACAUACAACUAUCAGGGGUACCGAAUCCAGGUGUGUUCAAGAAAACAGAAGAAAAGAACCAAAAUGCAAAAAGUUCGUACACACUCAUAUGGGAAGUGGAUAGCUAUACACCAAUUAUUGAAUAUAACUUAUGGUUUAGACCUUAUAUGCCGAGGAGUGGUGCUAAUAGGCCAAACUGGACAAAACUAACCAUACCGACAGAAUACAGUUCUGGACCAGUAUAUUCAAAAUCAUAUACGAUAAAAGGACUAAAAGAAAAAACAAUCUAUGAAGCGUUACUGGUCUCCAGGAAUAGGUAUGGUUGGUCGAAACCCUCGCCGAUAUUAAGAUUUGCAACUGCAGGAGCAGAUCUCAAUGAAGAUAUGGUAACGACAGUACAAGUAAACGUACAGGACAACAUCAUUCCACUAGAAGUUAUGUCAUCAGCCAUAAGAAAAGAAAUCUCAUUGUGUACGUUAACAAUACUGUUAUUAAAGUUUUUAAUAUAAUGUUUUUCUCA